ACACAUUCUUUUUUUUUUUCUCUUUCUGGAGAGGGAUUCUGUGUCUCCGCAGCUCAGCAGACAGACUUGCAGGAGAAGUUGCCUUAUUCCGAAAAUUUGCAGGUGCUCAUUAAGAAACUUCAAUAAAACCAACUUUUACACCACUAUAAAUUCAUUUUAUCAGAUGUUUUGGGGCACCUUGUUUAAACAUGGCCUCUGAUAUCUGCAGAGACAUCUCCACCAGUUUCCUAUGCAUUGUAGUCCUUCUGCUGAUUGGCUCACAGACAUCUCUGGCCCAGAAAGACUGCACAGAUGUGGAGUGUGAACCCCCAGUAAACUGUAUUGAAGAGGCAAUAGAGGAAGGUUCUUGUUGUCCCACAUGUGUACAGUUCGGCUGCACAUGUGAGGGGUACCAGUAUUAUGACUGCGUUAAUGUUGGAUUCAAAGAUGGCAAAGUGCCCGAGGGAGAAUCGUACUUUGUUGAUUUUGGAAGUACUGAAUGUUCCUGUCCAGCUGGAGGAGGAAGGAUUAGCUGCCAUUUUAUUCCUUGCCCAGAACUGCCACCAAACUGCAUUGACACCCUUCAGCCAGCAGACGGCUGUGGUCAAUGCGGAAGAAUAGGAUGUAUCCACGGGGAAGAGAAGUAUGACGCAGGACACACUUUCCACAUGUCUUUGUGUAAGUUUUGCCACUGCCCCAAUACUGGCGGUGAGUUAAUGUGUUAUGAGAUUCCAGAUUGUGACCUGGAAUUAGACAGCACUACUCCGCUCAUGGAUACACCUGACAGCGAUCCAGAAAGACAAUACGAUUACCCAUACAGUCAAGAACAUGAAGCUACUGAGUUGGCCAACCCAGCUGAGAAAAACAAUAAUUACAAAAGAAAUGCCUUGCAAGAUCAUUCACUUUUGGAUUAUGAUGAUGGCUUGGGCGACUCUUUAAAUUCUUCAAAUACAAAAGUUUAUCCUUUUAAUGAGGUUGAUUUCACCACCUCGAGUUAUAAAAUACAUCCUACAUCUGUACAAAAAGGAUUAAAUGCAACUUCCAUGGCUAAUGCAUACAGAACAAAGCCCACUAACACAAUAGCCAUAACUACAACACCUACUUAUAAUGACAGCCGUCUGGAAGAAACAACAGCCCAGCAAAUCACUUUGCAUCCACAUAUUGAGCCAGAAGUAAUGGGUCUAAAAGACCCAUUCAAGUUCAGCAAUGUUUUGCCUACAAGUAGCAAAGGAGACCUAAAAACAGACUUUCAAACUACUACAGCACCACACACAAUGUCACCAAUGAGCAGACAUGAAUCUCCUGAAGAUAAGAGAGAAGAACCUGUCACACAGUUAAACUCUAUUCCUACUGUUGCUCCCACCCCACAACAGCAAGAAAAUAGUCAACAAAUGACAACGGAGUCAUCCACUACCCUGCCUCACUAUAUAGAAGAAAGAUAUGACCCGUCACACAUUUAUAAUAUCUCAAGAUUGCAUGACGGAUCCACAAAAGACCUGGUUGAAACGUGCUGUGCAGCUGGCCAGCAAUGGUCAAUUGAUCAUGGAGAAUGUGAAAAUAUGCCAUUGAGUGCUUCUGAGGAGUGCAGGCUGGCGGAAAAGCAGUGCUGCAUCUCCUACAUCAAGGAGAAUACUUGCAUUGCAGGAAUGAUUGCAGCGAAAGAAGAUGGAAUAUGUUUGCCUGCAGAGAAUGAUAUCUGUGAAAGAUCUUAUUUUAAGCUGUGCUGCGACUGCUGUUCGUGGGGCCUGAAGGUGAGGAAGGAGGGCAGCUCCUGUGAAUCCAACCUUAAUCUGGGCUAUCCCUGCAAUCACAUGAUGAUCUUGUGUUGCAAUGGGGAAGAGCAGCUCAUCCCCCCAGAUGCUAAAAUCCCCUCUAAACCUGAGCUCUUGGUUUUGCCUGAAGCAGAUAUUGAUGAAUGUGUUCUGAACACACACACAUGUAUCCAAGGAGAGCGAUGUGUUAACACUGUUGGGUCGUUUAUUUGUAUCCAAGAAGAAAGAUGUGAGAGCGGUUUUACAGUUGUAAAUGGAGCGUGCACAGAUAUUGAUGAAUGCGUCAUAAAUAGACACACGUGUGCCACGGGGGAGCGCUGUGUUAACACUGUGGGGUCAUACAUUUGUAUCCAAGAAAGGAGAUGUGAGAUUGGAUACACACUAGUAGAUGGAGUUUGUACAGAUAUUAACGAAUGCGCGUCCCUCGCCGCUCCCUGCAAACAAGGAUUUACUUGUGUGAAUACUUUGGGCUCCUUCGUUUGCCAGAGAAAGCAAUUAAAGUGCAACAAAGGCUAUGAAUCAGAUGAGAAUGGAACGAUAUGCAUUGACAUUGACGAGUGUAAGCUUGGUACCCACAACUGCUCACAGGAACAAUCGUGCUUCAAUCUGCCUGGGUCCCACCGCUGCGACUGCAAAAUUGGAUACCGCUAUGACUUAUUUAGAAAGGCUUGUCUUGAUGUAAAUGAAUGUUGGAUUUAUCCUGGACGUCUGUGCCACCAUACUUGUGAGAAUACAGUUGGCUCCUAUAAAUGUUCUUGCUUUGCCGGCUUCCAGUUGGGUCAGGAUGGAAAACAAUGCGAAGAUGUGAAUGAGUGCAAGAGUAAUCCAUGUAACCAAGAGUGCACUAAUGUCUAUGGCUCCUACCAGUGUUACUGCAAGGAAGGGUAUAAGCUUGCCGAUGAUGGAAUCUCAUGUGAAGAUAUUGAUGAAUGUGUCCAGAACUUUGGAAGCCUUUGUGUGUUUGCCUGUGUAAACACCCCUGGUAGCUACCAGUGUGCCUGUCCAGAAACUGGCUACACUCUGUCAGUGAAUGGACGGACAUGCAAAGAUAUUGAUGAAUGUGAAGUAGGAACACACAACUGCUCAUCCUCAGAGGAGUGCUACAACAUCCAAGGGAGCUACAAAUGUCUGUCCUACACGUGCCCAGAGAACUACAGAAAGGUUUCCAACAUGGUUUGUGAAAGAAUAUCUUGUUUCAAUUACCAAGAGUGCCAAAAUAGCCCCGUACGGAUCUCUUAUCUCCGACUGACUUUUCCAGCUGGGGUGGUGGUCCCAGCACAGAUUUUCCGCAUUGGGCCGUCCCCAACAUAUGCCGGAGAUAGUAUCGUACUGGAUAUCAAAAAGGGGAAUGAAGAAAACUAUUUCAGCUCUAGAAAAUUUAACCCCUACACAGGCAUCAUCUAUUUACAAAGACCAGUUAAGAAAGCCAAAGACUUUUUACUGGAUGUUGAGAUGAAACUGUUCCGUCAGGGCGUGGUCACAACCUUCCUCUCCAGGAUUUAUGUAUUUAUUACUUCCCCUUCAUAAGCAUUUAUUUCUACUUCUAGCAUUUUCCUCUUAUACUUAAGAUAUGAAGACAAGCAUUUGGUAGGACUGACACAGCACAUUAAGCUGGAAUUCCAGUUUAGAGUCCCUAAAGGCAAGAUGUACUCUGUAUAUGUGCAGGGUGUGUAUUCCAUUUAUUUUCCCUUAAAUGGGCAAUAGUCAUCUGUGUUUUUAACAUAUUACAUUUUUUUUUCUUGAAUUUGUUGAACCAACAGGGCAACUUAUUAAUCAUUUUUUUACAGUUCAUCCAAAUUCCCUUCUGAGUAAUUUUGGGAGAAGAAAUUGUCUUAAGAAGUCUCCCAUAAACUCCUCCUAAUCUGUAAACUCAAGUAGAAGGGAUUAUACACCACUCCUUCUGGCCAGUCCUUCUGACUGUACUUUAAACUGUUCUUAUGUUGUUCAACUAAGGAAGGAGAUCAGAAGCCUGAGAUGCCCUUUCCCAUCUCUCUUCUGAGCAGAGAAACAUUAGAACACUUCUCUGUUUACCUUCUGAAUAUCUCUCUGGCCAGCAGGUGGUGCUGUUACAAAAUUCAUUAUAUUGGCAGUUAAUUGGCUUUGAGCCCAUUUAAUGACAACAUGUUGACAGUGCCAUUACCAACAGUGAGCUGCAGGCUCAAAAAAUACAGAUUGUCUGAUAUUAGCAGCCCUUCUGUGUCAGUAUAAUUUAAAGCUCAGCUUUGUGCUGUAGUAUUCCCCUGGAAUUCUACCUCCAUCACCUCUCCACAGCCCAUUCUCUCCAACAUUGAUGUUGUUCUUUGCCCCAGGGCAGCACCGAGUAGCACCCUCAGUCUAACCCAGGGGUGGGCAAACUUUUAGGCUCAGGGGCCACAUUGACUUUUAAAAUUUGACAGACGGGCCGGGCCAGCACCGUCUCCGCUCAUCAGUCCCCUAGGUUUUGCGUUGUUGUGCUUACAUGCAGUCUUGACGGCAAGUCUCGUGUGAUGAGACUUGUGGAGUCGGGAUCUUCUGAAAGACAGAUGAUUGCAGACUGCGGUCUCUGUUAGGAAAAGCAAGACACAAUAAGCCAACAUUCUGGGCAAAACCAUUAUGAGUCUCAGUGUGACAGGCUUGAUCUCAAGCAGUUGAGGGUAUAUGGCCACUAUCAGUGCAAUGUAAGCAGGCAGGCCUCUAUCUAAGGCAGGUCUAUUUCAUUGUAUAGUGCACUGGUCCAGCCUCAGCCACGUGGCAUGAAAUAAAAGCAGCUUAUCUAUACAUUUAUUGAAUUUGGGAUAGGAGGGGCAUGGAGUUACCUUCUACCCCCUUAGGGCACUUAUUAAAUACACAUGCUGCAAGUUAGUUGCAUGGAUCAAGGAUCUGUGUGCAGUUAUUCAUCCAACUUACAGCAUUUGUAUUCAAUAAAGGGGGGUGAGAUAGUAACCCUAACUAUAGUCUAGAGCAGGGAUCACCAACCUUUCUUGUGAGCCACAGUCAAAUGUAAACAGGGGGCUUUAUUUGGUAGUAAAUCUUGUCUUU